UCUUGAGAGAGGAUUUUGCUGCUGUAGGAAAGAGGCUUAAAACUCUUCCAGGAGUAGCCUCUGUUUCCUGUGGUCAGCUUGCAGAAAUGAAUGAUUGCAGUAGAGAGUUGAGCUUGGCUAUGCCAGAGCAAUCCUUGGGGCUGGGCUGCCCAUGCGUUCUGGAGUUCGUUGCAAGGCGAGGGCCAGCGGUUGACCAGACUCUCUCUUCCCAUGCAAAUCCUGCUCUUCCAAAUGCUGGGAAAGCAGCUUUGCCCCAGCUACCUAGGAGAGGCUUUUGCCUUGGCCAGCAGCAGCACAAUGGGAAAUGGUACUUGAGGAACAUGUUGGUACCUAGGUACAAAACCUUCCUUGCUCAACGUGAACACUCUGCACUGCACAGCCUCCUAAAGAAGACCAAGCUGCCCUUCCUAAAGCCUUUCCCAGGGCUUCUCUGCCCUGCAGGGGCCAGAGCACAGGAUGACUGUUGCCUUAACCAGAGGGAGAGAUGCACCUUUGUACACUUCUCCCGUCCCAUGCAACCGCUCACCAGGACAUCUCCCAGCAAGUUGAGACCGAACAGGAACAACCUCCCUGGAGGAGCAGUAGAGCAUAGGAACAGGCAGCCAGCAGCACUGAAGCAUCCUGCCAGUGCAGUGGCACAGACCCUGCGAGUGCAUGGGGCUACUUGCCUGCCAGUGCCUGGAGGGGAUCUCCCUGUACUGCCGCAGAUCAGAAAAUCAAGGAUGGAGAUCCACGUCUAUAUACCUAGUGGGGAAGAUGGCAUGGAUUGCGAGUCGCUAGAUAAAGGGUUUUUGGAAGAUGUGGACAAUAAGCUGAAUUCAUUGAGCCUGCAAGAUGAGAAGUGAAUUUGAUCCUGGAGAAAUUAUUAGAGUCUGGCCUUAAAUGGUGACGCAGUUACCAUCUCAAAGGUCAUCUGCCACAUGACAGUGUGCCCUAGCAUUUAGCAAUGGAGCCUGUUCUGCAAGAAAUGUAAUGAUGGCAAAUCUAAGGAGGAAAACCCAUGUUUUGUCCACAGUUUUCUUUGCGGUGGGAGGUGUUAUGUAGGGGGUGCUUCAUGAUUCAUGAAUUAUAUUUCUGGCCCCAUUCCCAUAUAUUUUCGGGCAAGUUGCUUAAUUUUUCAAUUGCUUUCUCCAUCUGUAAGAUGGGGUGAAGGACACUGGCUGACAGAUCUGAGUCCCUGGUAGCUGAGAAUGGAAGUUGACAGAGAAUCCUCUGGAGAGAGUAUCUCAAUAUUAUUCAGUAACAGUACAAGGCUAUGUGGCAGUGUUACUCUAGCAUUGUGCAGUGAUGGGCAGGGUCCUGUCUACCGGAGCAUUGAAAGAUGCUGGGGAAUUGUCUGACUGCAUUACAUCUAAGUCUUAUGAUGUCCAGCUACGUUAGAGGGGCUAGCAUGAGAUGCUGCAGAGGAAGGUGGAAGAAACCCCUGUGGUAGGCAGGUGUGGAACAAUCUGCUCCCAAAUUACUACUUAUUUAACUUUGUUGGUGACUGGUAUAAGCUUCUCUGGAAAACAGGCUGUGUGUAUGCUAAGGAGGGGUUCAGAGCAUGCUGAAAUUUUGCUGGAAUUUAGAUCUUUGAGUAAAUUGUAAUUUGGGACUU